AGACUGCACCACUUUGUUGAGUUCUCGUGUAGACGACGUAUGUGCACUACUUAAAUCAAAAUAAUUCAUAUAUUGAUUUGCGUUGAAGCAUUCGUGAUAUUAAACUUCUGACUAUUUAAGUACUUUAAAGACAAGAAGUAAAGAUGCCGAAAGCACAAGUAUUCCUCACACAGUUUCAGAAAGAUAAAUUAGAGUAUUACUUUAAUUUCUUCGAUGCUGAUGGUAAUAAAUGUUUGGAAAUGGAGGAUCUUGAUGUUGUUAUGAACAAAAUAUUAGAAUUUACUGGUUGGGAAAAAAAUAGUGCGAAGGCUAAGGAAUGUUAUGAAGUACAUCAUGUAUUUUUUGAGGUGAUGAGAGAAAAGGCCACAAAGGAAAACACGGGAGGUAAAAUAAUGUUAAAAGAAUGGUUUGAUAUCUGGAAUAAUCUUUUACCCGGAUGUAAAGGAAUGGGAAAUUUUCCCAUCUGGUUACGACGUCUGCCCUAUAUACUCUUUAAAAUGAUAGACUAUAAAGAGGAUGACGAGAUAGAUGCUGAGGAAAUGGCGCAUUUCUAUCAGAAUAUGGUUGGUUUAUCACCCGAAGUAUCAAUAGCUCGAGCCCUCAAAGGCAUGGAGCAGAUGACGGAUGGUGGACGUUAUCGUUUAGAUUAUAACGGCUACGAACAGAUCUUUGCCAAUUUCCUCAUCGGUCGAACACCUCAUGGACCGGGUCGAUAUAUUUUUGGAUGUUUCGAAGAUAAGGUUGUUCCUUUCCAAUUAAUUCAACCUGCCGCUGACGACGAAGAAGAAGAAAGCGAAGAGGCGAAAAUGAAAAGGCAAAGACAAGGUCAACGGCGUAGUAGUAUUGACCAGAGAGUCAAAAUUCAAUAUCGUGCAUAAACACUAACCCUGCUAAUGUGUAAAGACAACGCCGAAUUUGACACAUGUUCAAGAGUGAUGUUAUUGUCACGUAUAUUACAUGGUUGAAUAUAUUCUAGACUAAUAGUUAAUAAAUCAUACAUUAUAUAGAGUUUGUCAAAUUGUAUCCUCGGUAUCCCCAGUGACAUCGGGGAGACACGGACCAAUACCACUGAUGUUUGGGGAUACCAUGGAUAGUCAAACUGGUUCAUUGGGGUAUUUCGUUUAGUUUUAGAAAUGGUAUUUUUGCAUUUUAACUUUAGGGCAAUCUGACUUUUCGGGCAGACGAGUAAAAUGAAAACUAAAAUUAUUAUUUCAUCUAGUUGACAAAAUAAAGUGCCCGAAAUCAAAUAAAACACUAAUGUUACUUUUCUUUUAAUUGAAUACAAUAAAUAUGUACUGAAUUGACUAAUAGAUUGAAACAUUUUGACUGGAGCAACUCUUUUUUGUGCGACAUUUUGGGCGAGCCCCCCCCCCCCCCCCGCUAUACCCCGAGACGAUUGAUUGGUUGUUUGGGAUUUAGGUCAGUUACCUAGGGCUAUAUUAGUUAGAUCACUUUGAAGUUGCUGUAUUCAUGGGCUAAAAUAACAGCCUUCGAAUAUGGGUCACUCCAUGUCAAUUUUUAGAAAUUUGGAAAAAAAUAUAUGUUAUUUUACACGUAAAAACUAGAAACUGUGCAAAAUUUGUGGUCUGCAGCUUGAAAAUUGACUGAGAUACAGACAUUUGAUUUUCAUGAGUUACCGAUGAGCUUUCGAAACAAAAUAUGUAGGCCUAUCAAUAAUUUACUCGAGUUCCAGAAAUCUUAUUUUUACCUUUCUAGUGAAGAUAUAGAGCUCACAUUUGGUAGUCUUAAAGAACGUUUUGUGUAGAUUACGAAUCUGCAAUCAGAUUAUAGGGUGGCCUAUCGAGAGAAACGAAAGUACUAAAUAAGAAACAUAUGAAAACGCAUCAGUCUUCACUAGAUCCCCAGAAAAUUGGACUCGAAUAAUGGUUUCAGACACAAAUUUUCGAAAAUUGCCUCGUAUUUUCGAGCCGAAAGAACCCGAUAGAUGAGCACCUAUAAAUCUGAAACGUGGUGUAAUUAUAGUUUGCACUAAUGUCUCCAACAUAUGUUAAAGCCAUUCUUGUCCCAUGCUAUCUCGAUAUUUGUUCGAUUUUUUCAAAAUCUGUGUUUUGUGUCAUACCAUGCCAAUUAUCACCCAAUGCGUUAAACCGUACCCCUUUCGAUUUUGCUGAAAUCUGGUGUAUAUUAUGCUUAUUAGGGCUGAAAAAAACGGACAUUCCAAAUGUUAGCUUGUUCCGACUAACGGUUACUGAGAUAGAGUUCAUCCAAUUUUGGGAUUUGGGCCAAAAUGGGCGUGGCCGCCAUUAUUCAAAUAACCAUAACCCAGUAACCAAUAGGAUGUCAAAAUUGCUGGAAUAAGUAUUUCUGGAAUGGGAAUUCCACAAGGAUUCUAAAUCUACACUUAUUUUUGACAUCCAUGUGUGUUUUAAAGAGUGAAGACCUUUUGUCGUUGAAUUUGACCUUGUGUCUGAAACCAUAUUCGAGGCCAAUUUUCUGGGAUUCUAGUGAAGACUUAUGCGUCUUCUUAUGUUUCUUGUUUAGUACUACAGGCAAUCUCUGGAGGCCAAAAUUUGGAUCUAUAUCUAUUACUUUAUACCCCCUGGAGCACUACAGAAUCCGGAAAACAUACAAUUAUACCAUUUUUUUUUUAAAUUUUGGGGGUGGGGUAUGGCUACGUAGCAUGCGAACGCCACCACUCACCUGUAAUCUGACAAUCUGUUACACAGAGUAUUGUGAAAGUCUACUAAAUGUCGCGACCUAGCCAAUAUUCACUGCGGAUCAGUGUGGUAAUCUGAUAGCAGAUUCAUAAUCUACACAACAACUUCUUUCUUUAAGACUACCAAAUUUGAGCUGUAUAUCUUCACUAGA